UCAAAACAAUCGAAUACAAGUGCAAUGCAUUUUCUCGUAAACAAUGCAGUGCAGCUCUUUGAUUAUUAAGUUGUGAAUAACUAAUUAUAUUGAAAUCUAAUUAGUUAUGGCCUUUCUGUGUCCGGUGCGCAUGAGGCGCGACAAAAAGAAAGCCACAAAUGCGAACAUCGAACGUGAUUUAGCGCCCGUUGGCAUGGGGCGCAUAACAGGCUCGUCUAGUAUAGAGACUCUGGUGCGUGUAGGCAUUGAAAAGGAACAUGGACUGAGUCCCGAUUCUAAGAUGGUUGUGCUGCACGACUUUACACCCUGUGUGGAUGAUGAGCUAGAGGUGAAACGUGGGCAGCUUGUGAAUAUACUGUAUCGCGAAAAUGAUUGGGUAUAUGUUAUAGGACAAGAUUCUCGACAGGAGGGCUUUAUACCCUUCUCCUACUGCGCUCCAUAUAACACUCAACUCGCCGAGCUGGCCAUAAAAAAGAAACUGCCACGCGAUCAAUGCCCAGAGCAGCCGCACGAUGAGAAUCAGCCACUGCUGAGCGUUGAUAACAAGUUAGAUGUGCUGUGCGAUGAGUCGACCAACGCCCCAGCCAACAAUGUGGAGAGCAAUCUGCACUUAACGAUGCCCGAAUGCACGCCCUUCAUCAAGGAACCAUCGGGCCGGUGCAUUGUGCUCUACACGUUUAUAGCGCGGGAUGAGAACGAUUUGUCUGUGGAGCGCGGCGAAUUUGUUACGGUGCUGAAUCGUGAGGAUCCCGACUGGUUCUGGAUAAUGCGCAGCGAUGGCCAGGAAGGCUUUGUACCUGCCAACUUUAUCUAUCCCGCUGACAGUGUGCGAGUGCUGCAACAGCAGAAGGCAACGACAGCGACCACAGCUCCUCUCAACGAGAGCAAUAUGCAGCAUCAUGCGAAUCUAACAGGUGGCAGCCUGAAUGCCAUGGAGAGCAUGCUGCAGCAGCAAGGCCAGCAGGCACAACAGGUGCAACAGGCACAGCAGGUGCAACAGCAGCAACAACAGUUGGGCAUUGGCACCGAUGAUUUGCGCUACCAUGGCACGGAGCUAGUUAUGCUAUAUGACUACAAAGCACAGGCUCCCGACGACUUGUCAGUGCGUCGUGGCGAUUGGAUAUAUGCGGACCUGAACAAUCAAACCGUGGACGGUUGGCUGUGGGCAUACGCUCCAAAGACUCGCAAAUAUGGCUUCAUACCGAAAGCCUACGCCAGGCCGCCAGCCAUGACGAGCCUCUGAGCUGGCAAGC